UGAAACUCACCUACAGGUCAUGGCAACAGCAACAAGAUCAGAUUAUUUGCUCCAUCUGAAGCGUAAGGAAAGCUAUGAGUUCCUGCCACCUUUCAUGUCUGAGCUGAGGGUUGUUCUGCUGGGGAACAGCUGGUCUGAGAGGAGUUCAGUGGGGAACUUCAUACUGGGAGAGACUGUGUUCAAUACUAAAGAAGAACCAGACUGCUGUCAGAGAGUCAGAGGACAGCUGAAGGGGAAACACAUAGUUCUCAUCAACACCCCAGAUCUGCUUCAUUACAACAUCUCUGAACACAAACUGACAAAACAUAUGAAAAGUGUUGUGAGUCUCUCUGCUCCUGGACCUCAUGUGUUCCUGCUGGUUCUACAGCCUGAAGACUUCACUGAGGAACACAAACUGAAGCUCUGCAGAGUCCUGAAACUCUUCAGUGAUCAAUCAUUUGAUCAUUCACUGGUUCUGAUAUCAACACCCAGAGAGGAGCAGCCAGGCUUCAUGGAGAAGUACAGUCAGCAUCCACCGUUAAAAGACAUGAUCAAAACAUGUAUGUACAGAUACUUGUGGCAGAAGAACCUUGAACUUUCAGAGCUAUUAACACGCUUGGGUCAAACUGCAAAGGAAAACAAUGGAGAUCAUCUGAGCUGUGAUGUGUUUGAGGAUGAGGAUCCAGGUUUAACCAUGACACCAAAGUCUGAACACAUGAAACCAGCUUUAAACCUGGUUCUGUGUGGGAGGAGAGGAGCAGGGAAGACUUCAGCAGCCGAGGCCAUUUUAGGUCAGACAGAGCUUCAUUCAGUCUCCAGCUCAUCAGAGUGUGUUAAACAUCAGGGAGAGGUGAGAGGACGUCAGGUUUCCCUGGUGGAGCUUCCUGCCUUGUAUGGAAAACCUCAGGAGGAAGUGAUGAAGGAAUCACUCAGGUGUAUCUCCCUCUGUGAUCCUGAGGGCGUCCAUGCCUUCAUCCUGGUCCUACCUGUGGGUCCCCUCACUGAUGAAGACAAGGGAGAGUUAGAGACCAUCCAGAACUCAUUCAGCUCUCCAGUCAAUGACUUCACCAUGAUUCUGUUCACUGUGGAGUCAGAUCCUGCAGCUCCAGCUGUUGUUGACUUUGUAAGAAAGAACAGAGACAUCCAGGAGCUGCUUCAGAGCUGUGGAGGAAGAUCUGUUGUUGUCAACAUCAAGAACAAACAGCAGAUCUCUGAGGUGUUGGAGGCUGUGGACAAGAUGAGAGUUGAAGGAUCCAGAUGCUUCACAAAGGACAUGUUCACCAAGGCUCAGAUGGAGAAGGUUUCACAACUCAAAGCUGAACUUCAGGGUGUCAGACAGAGGAGUGGGAUGGGAGGUGAUGAUGAGAGGCAGAGCAGAGAGCCUCUCAGGAUGGUGCUGAUUGGGAAGACUGGCAGUGGGAAGAGUGCAACAGCAAACACCAUUCUGGGCAAAAAGCAUUUCAAACCCAGAAUUGCCCCAAAACCACCGACCACGUCUUGUGAAACAGCAACUGGAGAGAUUGAUGGACGGCCUGUUGUUGUGGUCAACACCCCCGGCUUGUUUGAUACAACUCUCUCUGAUGAUCAAAUGAAACAGGAGCUUCAGAGAUGCUUCAGCAUGUUGGCUCCUGGACCUCAUGUGUUCUUACUGGUUCUGCAGAUCGGGAACUUCACACCAGAGGAGAAAGACUCUGUGGAACUGAUCAAGAGGGUUUUUGGCCAAAAGUCUGGAGAUUUCAUCAUCAUUAUAUUCACCAGAGGAGAAGACCUGGACGAUCAGCCAUUUGAGAGUCACCUUAAAGAUUGUGACAACUUUGUCAAACAAUUAAUAAAUGACUGUGGAGGACGAUAUCAGGUCUUUAAUAACAAAGAAAAAUCAAACCGCACACAAGUCCAGGAGCUACUGACCAAAAUCCAGACCAUGGUGAAGCAAAAUGGCGGCAGCUGCUACAACGCUGAGAUGAAACAAAUUAUAAAUGAGGAAGAGAUGCAGAAGUUAAUCAAAAGAAAAGAUGAAGAAAUGAAAGCGAUGAAAAGAACAUUAGAAGCAAAAAUAUCUGAAAUGGAGAGAACCAAACGACACGGAGAACAAAGUCAACCUAACCUGGAGGAAGAAAUGAGAAAACUGAGAGAAGAACUGGAGGACUUUCCAGAUGAAGACUCUGACCUUAAACCACAUCAUGCCCAGUUUGAGUCAAGCUGGGAGACAAUUGUUGCAGGCCUCUCUCAUUUCCUGUCAUCUCUCCACUCCGAUGAAGACAGAGAACUUUUCAGGGUUUCCUGCUUCCUUCACCGUCCGCUAUAUAACGGUUUCUAUUUUCACUUUGACACGUUGUGUCGCAACAAGACUUUCAGCAGGUUGUUAAACCCAGCAGCUGGUUUCCAGUUCACGAACAGCAUCAUGGCCAGUAAACAAACUGUUUUCCUUCUGUUCGGCUUCAUGACACUUUACGUGACAGCUGAUCCACAACUUCGACAGUUGAUCAGGAGCAUUGCAUAUUGUUCACCCAGCAGGGGCACUGAUCUGGAAUCUGUGAGGCACAGCAUCGCAGAACUAAAGCAAUAUAACAGGGACGCUGAUAUGGAACCUAUGUGGCGCAGAAUCGAGGAAGAGCUACUUAAUUGGGAAGCUGAAGCUGAUGAAUCAGAGCAACCUAAUACUGUGGGCAAAGAGAUGGAGAAACCCACUCCUGUACAUGUUCCCGAGCUAGAUUCUGAUCCUGUGGCCCCUGAGGAGACCCAGUGCGUGUCCUCUGAUGAGAAGGAAGAAGACGGAUGCAUCAAGAACCCAGCAGAUGAGUCAGCUCCCUUCUCUGCUCCUUUGAUGCCAGUGUUUCUUGCUUUCCUGGGUCAUGUUCAGCAACUUCCCCAGUCAAAGUCUAAAAGUUGCAGUUAAGAUGGACCAACAGUGACUGUUGAGCAGCUGCAUUCAAUAUAAACUUUCCUUGUUGAACAUAAAACAACACAAUCCAGGCAGCAUUAGGCUGCUUUCAUACAUAUACUGGUAAUAAUGGAAAUAAAUGCAGAUUUUUUCAGGAGACAAGGUUGCCAACUUUGCUCAACUCUUGAUCUUCAGAUAUAAACAUUGAGAUCAGAUGAGUUACCAAAUAAACAAUGAGAAAUUAAUGACCUGAAAAACAAAUUGUUAAUACAAUCAGGAGAAAUAACAAAUUGGAGAAAAACAAGAACAAGAAAUCAACUGAAACUGGAACUGCAGAAACCUUUGACCCAAAGAAACAAAACACUGACGCACAUGACAGAUUGGCAAUAUGAGGUUUAAUUUAAGAAGAAAUGCAGAUAGAAGACACGUCAUAAAUACUACGACCACUAGAUGGCGCCUCGUACAUACCAUGGGUCACAUGAACCUGCUGCACAGACGACCUGUUUGUAACUGAUUCAUGACAAACUUGUGUGAUUCACAUUUUUUUAAAUUAGUUAUUGAUUGAUUUUGACAUUUGAUUCAGUAAUACAAUGUGUUUUGUUGAAU